AUGCUUGGCGCUGGCUUCGUCACCCGCCCUACUCUCGAUGUCCUCAGCGAAUCUGGCAUUCCCGUCACCGUCGCCUGCCGUACUCUUGCCUCUGCUCAGAAGCUCUCCGAGGGCGUCAAGAACGCCACCCCCAUCUCGCUCGAUGUCACCAACGACGAGGCUCUCGAUGCUGAGGUUGCCAAGCACGAUCUCGUCAUCAGCUUGAUCCCCUACACCUUCCACGCUACCGUCAUCAAGUCGGCUAUCCGCCAGAAGAAGCACGUCGUUACCACCAGCUAUGUCUCCCCCGCCAUGAUGGAGCUCGAUGCCGAGGCCAAGGCCGCCGGCAUCACCGUCAUGAACGAGAUUGGUCUCGAUCCUGGUAUCGACCACUUGUACGCCAUCAAGACCAUCGAUGAGGACUCCGACAACCCGCUCGGCUACAAGUUCUCCUGGUCUUCUCGUGGUGUCCUGCUCGCUCUCCGCAACGCCGGCAAGUGGUGGCAGGAUGGCAAGAUUGUCGAGGUUGAGGGCAAGGACCUUAUGAAGAUGGCCAAGCCCUACUUCAUCUACCCCGGCUACGCUUUUGUCGCCUACCCCAACCGCGACUCUACCAUCUACAAGGAGCGCUACAACAUCCCCGAGGCUCAGACCGUCAUCCGUGGCACUCUCCGUUACCAGGGCUUCCCUCAGUUCAUCAAGACUCUCGUCGACAUUGGUUUCCUUGACGACACCGCCCGCGAAAGCCUGAGCAAGCAGACCCCCUGGAAGGAGGCCACCAAGGAGAUUGUUGGUGCCGCUUCCUCCAGCCCGGAGGACCUCGAGGCCGCCAUCCUCUCCAAGGCCACAUUCGAAUCCCCCGAGGACAAGCAGCGCAUCCUCAGCGGUCUCCGCUGGAUCGGUCUCUUCUCUGACGAGACCAUCACCCCCCGCGGCAACCCUCUCGACACUCUUUGCGCCACUCUUGAGCAGAAGAUGCAGUUCGAGGAGGGCGAGCGCGACUUGGUCAUGCUCCAGCACAAGUUCGAGAUCGAGCACGCCGAUGGCUCCCGUGAGACCCGUACCUCGACCCUCGUCGAGUACGGUGACCCCAAGGGCUACUCUGCCAUGGCCAAGACCGUCGGUGUUCCUUGCGCCGUCGCUGUCAAGCAGGUCCUGAGCGGCCAGAUCUCUGGCAAGGGUGUUUUGGCUCCUAUGAGCACUGACAUCACCGAGCCUUUGAUGAAGGAGCUCCAUGAGAAGUAUGGUAUUACCAUGAUUGAGAAGACCAUCUCCUAA